AUGGACUCCGAAUUGGGGAAAAAGCCCUUGACACCUGAAGAAGUGAUAUCGGUCCAGACAACACGCGACAAUGGUUUACUGGAGGUCCCAUCUCUGGCUGCUCUGGGCCUGGAGGAAUCUCACGUCAAAAGAAAUUUCAAUAUGUUGAGCAUCCUCGCACUCGGAUUCAAUAUCUGCGCUAGCUGGGUGGGCAUUGCAGCCAGUAUCGCUUUCGCCAUUGCUGCCGGAGGCACCGUCUCUCUCCUAUAUGGCUUGCUGGUGGUGGUAUUCUUCAACAUGUGCAUUGCCCUAUCCCUGGCAGAACUAGCCAGUGUCUAUCCCACGGCAGGUGGCCAGUAUCAUUUCGUUUCCAUCUUGUCUCCGAAGGCUUAUGCCAGAGCGUUCUCCUACACCUGCGGCUUCACGGGUGUUGCAGCUUGGAUUGCUAUUUCAUCGGCGGUUACGAUCGCGGUCAGCCACGGUAUCGUGACCAUCGUACUGCGCUGGCACCCUGAUUUUUCUCCCACUCACUGGCAAGAAUUUCUCUUGUACCAGGCCAUCAACGUCUAUUCUUUCCUCCACAAUCUGUUUCUAUCGAAGAGAAACCCUCUUCUGUACGACUUUGGCUUUGCCCUCUCACUUUCCGCAUUCAUUGUCAUAACCAUCUGUUGUCCUGCGGUAGCCAAAGAGCAUGCUAGCUCCUCUGACGUUUGGACGAGUUUCGUCAAUAGCGCUGCAAGUUGGCCUGACGGAGUCUCCUUCUUCAUCGGCCUCACAACGCCCCAAUUUAUGCUUCUUGGCCUCGACGGCGCCCUACACAUGGCAGAAGAGUGUCUUGAGCCUGAAAAAGUCGUCCCAAAAGCUUUGAUAGCGACUGUUGGCGUAGGAGGUGUUACAGCCUUCCUAUUUGCCAUCAGCAUGUCGUACUGCUUGACUGAUCUUGAAUUGGUUUUGAACUCUCCGACCGGAUUUCCCAUCUACGCACUUUGGGAACAGGCCACUGGUUCCGUUGCUGCUAUCAUUGUCUUCAUGACCUGUUUGACGAUUCUCGGUUUAAUUACUCUCCAUGCAAUCAAUCAAACAUCCUCGCGGCUCACGUGGUCAUUUGCACGCGACAACGGACUCAUAUUUCCGACGUUCCUGUCCAGAAUGAAUACCAGGUGGCAAGUGCCUGUUUAUUCCUUGCUCCUGGAUCAUGUGUGCAUUGGCCUUAUCGGGCUCUUGUAUCUGGCCUCUUCAACCGCAUUCAACAGUUUCAUCAACACUGCGGAAAUUACCACCCUGCUGUCCGUGGGGUGCCCCUCCAUCCUCGUGCUUUGGAGGAAGCGGUCGACAGAGUUCCUGCCUGAAAACAGGAGUUUCCGCCUGCCCAACUGGCUUGGAUACUUUGUCAACAUUGCAGGACUGAUAUAUGUCGCUCUAAUGACAGUUUUCUUCUGCCUACCAACGGAACUACCUGUAACCGGUGCCAACAUGAACUACUGCAGUGUGGUGCUUGCUGUGAUAUUCCUUGUCGGUGUUGGAAACUGGUUCUUCCAUGCGCGAAAGAAUUACGAGGGCCCGCGAUUGGACUUCCGCAGACCGGUUGAAGAUUGA